AUGCAGGCUUGGGUCUCUGCUUUGGUGACCCUAACCAUGAUGAUGGUUCUGACUACAGAUACCAAGAUCUAUGAUCGCUGUGAACUGGCACAAAAGCUGGCGAAAGCAGGCCUCAACAAUUUCAUGGGCUACAGCAUUGGAGACUGGCUGUGCAUGGCACACUACGAAAGUGGAUUUGAUACCUCUUUCUUGAAUCACAAUGUUGAUGGCAGCAGUGAAUAUGGCAUUUUCCAGCUGAAUUCUGCAUGGUGGUGUGAAAAUGGCAUUACACCUACACAUAACCUCUGUCACAUAAGUUGUUAUGAUCUACGUAAUCGCCAUAUUAAAGAUGAUAUCUUGUGUGCAAAGAAGAUUGUGAAGUUACAUAAUGGGAUGAGUGCCUGGGAUACUUGGACACACCACUGUUCUGGUCAUGAUUUAUCUCAAUGGACCAAGGGGUGUCAUUUAUACUUAAAACCUCACUAUAGGAAAAAUGACUGGGUGCCCCUCCCUCUGUUGCAACAAUUUGUUAUUGUGGUGGUUAUUCAUCAAAAGAAGCAUAGAUACAGUGAAGUAUGUCCAUUAUUUCUCAGCAAAAGUGGGGAGAUAUGGAGAGGCAGGCUGGCGCCUGUAGCAGCAAACAUAAAUUCUGGUAAAUUUAAGUUAGAAACAGAUCCUUUAAGAGCCUAUCAGGUUGUCAAUAUUGUGGAAUUUGGAGAUGUCAUUCGAGGAGCUCCAGGGUCUGUAGAACUGGAACAAUUCCUGGCCCUCGCCCCUCUGACGGGGGCCCGAGAAAUUUUAGCCUGA